AUGGAGACUAGGCAUAACUAUUUGCGAAAGGCAACCUCACGGGUAAUCGCAGCUGUAUUUAAGGCUAAGUCCAGUGAUUCAACGAAAGGGCCAGCCCUAUUGGAUCUGCAGCAGAUGGUUCUUGAGGAUCUUAGGGUGGCUGCAUCCUACAACAAGUGUUGGAGGGCGAAAGGGAAGGCUUUGGAGGGGAUGUUUGGUUCUGAUGAUGAAUCUUACGAGGAUCUGCCUGCAUAUUUGCAUGUAUUAAAAGAAGCUAAUCCAGGAACCGUAACUGAUUUGAAAACUAAAGUCCUAGUAGAUGGUAGAGAAAGGUUUUUGUAUUUGUUUUUGGCAUUUGGGGCAUCAAUUGAAGGUUUUCGUAAGUUGAGACGUGUUAUUGUUGUGGAUGAUACUCGUCUUAGCUCCAAGUAUAAUGGUGUGCUUCUUACAACUAGUGGACAAGAUGCAAAUUUCCAGGUUUUCCCUCUCGCUUUCGCAGUUGUAGACAGUGAGAACGAUGAUUCUUGGACAUGGUUCUUUGAGAAGUUGGAGAGAAUUAUUGCAGACAGUAAAACCUUGACAAUAUUCUCAGAUAGGCACAGAUCAAUCUACACUGCAAAGAAGAGAGUUUAUCCCUUGGCACAUCAUGGAGCUUGCAUUGUUCAUCUUGUAAGGAAUGUGAAUGCCCGGUUUCAUAACAAAGGUCUUGCGAAACUGGUGACGAAAGCAGCAUUUGCCUACAAGGUUACAACCUAUCAAGAAACAUAUAGGCAAAUAAAGGCUAAGAGCAGCAAAUGUGCAGCAUAUUUGUAUAAAAUUGGUGCCGGUCAUUGGAGUAGGGCAUAUUUCCAAGGAAAUCGUUACAAAUUGAUGACAUCAAACAUUGCAGAGUCGUUGAACACCACUUUGGGAAAGGGUCGAUCGUCACACAUUGUUGAACUACUCAAGUUCAUUUGUGCCAUGUUGACAAGGUGGUUUAGUGCAAGGAGGAAAAAAGAUGCAAAACAUAAAGGAUUAACCACUCCUGAGGUUGAUAAACAUAUGCAGAAGAAUGUGGGGACCGUUAGUGGGAGCAGAGUUGCCAAUAUUUCAAGUUGGAAUUAUGAAGUUGUUGGUUUGCUUAAUGGAAAACACCAUGUGUUGCUUGAUAUGAAACAAUGUUCGUGCAAACAGUAUGAUCGAGUUAAAAUACCAUGUGGACACGUGUUGUUAGCCGCAGAUACACAGGGGAUACCCUAUGGUACGUUGGUCGGGGGUUUUUACAAGACAGAGGUUUGGAGAGCUACGUAUGCAGGGGUGAUAAAUCCAGAGAUAUCUGAUGUUGAGAUACCAUUUGAAAUUAAGAACCGGGUGUUGUACCCUCUAAAGGCGCGUAGGCCACCUGGACGGCCAAAGGAGACGAGGAUCCCCUCUAUUGGAGAAUUUCUUAAGAAUGGGCCGGCAAAAGCUAAAGUGAAUAGGUGUGGGAGAUGCAAAGAGACUGUUCACAACCGAGCUAGCUGUACAAACCCUUUGCCAUGGUUCGAGGAAUCUGGCAUUGUUCAUGAGUUUGACCUUGUUAAUGCUCUUUCAUGA